AUGAGAGCUGUUGGAAUUACUUUAUUCAAUACCGUCACCUCAAUGUCUGUAACCCUGCACACUUCUCUAGGAGAUCUCAAAAUAGAAGUCUUCUGUGAAGCUGUACCGCAAGCGUCUGAGAACUUUUUAGCCUUGUGCGCUAGUGGAUAUUAUGAUGGUUGCAAGUUUCAUCGUAAUAUUAAAGGAUUCAUGACUCAAACUGGUGACCCUACUGGCAGCGGUAAAGGCGGUCAGUCGAUUUACGGAGAGCCAUAUCCCGAUGAGAUAAGGUCAACAUUCAAGUUUAACAAUAGAGGUUUAGUUGCGUUUGCUAAUAGUGGAAGUGAUAGUAAUAGAUCGCAAUUCUUCAUUACAUACGCUGCAACGCCCCAUCUUAACAGUAAAUACACUAUCUUUGGCAGAGUAAUUGAUGGCGCUGAGAAUGGCACUCUUGGCGCAAUUGAAAGGGUGCCCUCCGGUACCCAGAAGGAAGGUUUCAGACCAAAGCACGAUAUUUUACUUAAAGAAAUUACAAUACACUCUAAUCCAAUAGCUAGUAAGAUAGUUAGAGACAAUUACGUGUAA